ACGCCAUUUUCAGCCACAGCAUCCUGCGCAUCAUGUUCCAAACCACCUUGCGCUCCUUUUCCCGCGCGUCCUCGCGCUUCGCUUCAACCCUCGUCGUGGCUGAACACAACGGAGAAGCCCUUACUGGCGGCACCUUGAGUGCGAUCACGGCUGCGUCCAAGAUCGGCGGGGACAUCACCGUGUUGGUCUCUGGAUCGAACACUGCCAACAUUGCGAAGGAAGCUGCCGCCGUGCAAGGCGUCAAGUCGGUGCUUCAUGCGGACGCCGCUCAGUUCGACCAUGCCAUCGCCGAAGAAUUGUCGUCGUUGGUCGUUACAAUCCAAAAGGGCUCCAACUUUUCCCACAUCGUUGCGCCUUCCAGCAACAUUUCCAAGAACUUCUUUCCUCGCGUGGGGGCUGCCUUGGAUGUUGCCCCCUUCACUGAUGUGUUGACUGUUGUGGACGAAAACACGUUCCAGCGCCCUCUCUACGCCGGUAAUGCCAUCGCAACCGUCACGUCGUCCGACUCGGUAAAGCUGCUCACGGUGCGUCCCACGGGCUUCGAAAAGGCUGCCGUUACUGGAGGAUCGGGUGUCGUGAGUGCCGCCCCCACUGCGCCUGCUGCGAACUUGACCCGUUUCGUGUCCGAAGAAACGUCCUCGUCUGAACGACCAGACUUGACGGCGGCGCGCGUUGUCGUGUCUGGCGGUCGCGGCUUGAAGAGCGGGGAGAACUUUGCCCUCUUGAACACGUUGGCGGACAAACUGAAGGGCGCCGUGGGGGCUUCCCGCGCUGCCGUGGACGCUGGGUUCGUGCCCAACGAGUUGCAAAUCGGGCAGACGGGCAAGGUCGUCGCGCCUGAGCUGUACAUCGCAGUGGGCAUCUCCGGCGCCAUCCAGCAUUUGGCCGGCAUGAAAGACAGCAAGACGAUCGUCGCGAUCAACAAGGACGCGGAAGCUCCCAUCUUCCAGGUCGCCGACUACGGUCUCGUGGAAGACUUGUUCAAGGCCUUGCCGGAGUUGACGGAGAAAAUUUAAAAGUGACGGAUAUCCGGAUAAAGCUUUUUGCGCGCGCAAUUUGUUGUCAUUUCGAAAUUUGCUAAGAAGGACAUAAGUGGAACGGGUCGA